AUUUUAAUCCAAAGCACUCGUCAUCUCUUUGAGCACCAGUUUUCCCACUCUAGGUCCUACUUCCUUAAUUGCAACCAUUGUUGCUGCAUGUCUUUUGUUGCAUCUUGGGUCAGUUAGGCCCAUUUGAAGGAGGGCUAAGGAGGGAAUCCAGGGUUAAAAAUAAUCUGGGCAAUGGGAGUAAAGCGGGAGAGGCUUCACUGAUUCAAGGAAAGAAUGAUGGCGUUGCCUUCCCUGAGCAGCAGAGGGGGCCUGAGCAUCAUGUGGAAAAUACUUAGGGGGUGGCAGAAAAGGAAGAAGCCACUCAUUUGGAGUGGGACCAGGAUGCCUGACCGAGAUGGCUAUACCAAUGGCACAGGGAGCAGCAAUGGAGGCUCUGGAGGUGGUGGCGGUGAGGAGACCAGUGGAGCUGGGUCAGGAGCUAAUGCAGGCAGCUCAGAUGCUAUCUGCCGAGACUUUCUGAGAAAUGUGUGUAAGCGGGGCAAACGCUGUCGCUACCGCCACCCGGACAUGAGUGAGGUCUCCAACCUGGGUGUGAGCAAGAACGAAUUCAUCUUCUGCCAUGACUUCCAGAACAAGGAGUGUAGUCGUCUGAACUGCCGAUUUAUCCAUGGCUCCAAGGAGGAUGAGGAUGGCUACAAGAAGACAGGUGAACUCCCCCCACGGCUAAGGCAGAAGGUGGCAGCCGGCCUGGGCCUCUCCCCAGCUGACCUCCCCAAUGGCAAAGAGGAGGUUCCUAUCUGCCGAGACUUUCUCAAAGGGGAUUGUCAGCGAGGAGCCAAGUGCAAAUUCCGGCAUCUGCAGCGGGAUUUUGAGUUUGAAGCUCGGGGUGGGGGAGGCACUGGUGGAGGGGGGUCUGCAGGUUCAGUGCCCACCAACCGUCGCCACGAUCUUUAUGACACAUACGAUCUUCCAGACCGGGGCUUUGAGGACCAUGAGCCGUGCCCCAAACGUCGUCGGGGAGGGGGUGGGUGUGCCCCAGAUGGUUCCCACUUUGAGACAUUUGAGUACAGCCUGGCCCCACCCCGGGGGUUGGAGUGUCGAUUGCUAGAAGAGGAGAAUGCUAUGCUCAGGAAGCGGGUGGAGGAGCUCAAGAAGCAGGUCAGCAACUUGUUGGCCACCAAUGAAGUCCUGUUGGAGCAGAACGCCCAGUUCCGUAACCAGGCCAAGGUCAUGACGCUGAGCUCCACAGCACCAGCCACAGAACAAACGUUGGCACCCAGCGUGGGCACUGUCACCAACUACAACCAUGGCAUUGCCCAGACACACACCACACUCAGCAGCCAGGCCCUGCAGCCUAGACCUGUGUCCCAGCAAGAGCUUGUAGCCCCCACAGGUGCACCAGCUGCCCCACCGACUAAUGCAGCACCUCCCACAGCACCACCACCCCCACACCACCCCCCCCACCUGAACCCAGAGAUCACACCGCUCUCAGCCGCCCUGGCCCAGACAAUUGCCCAAGGCAUGGCCCCGCCUCCAGUCUCUAUGGCCCCGGUGGCCGUGUCUGUGGCCCCUGUGGCUGUUUCAAUGGCCCAGCCACUGGCAGGAAUCACAAUGAGCCACACCACCACCCCCAUGGUGACUUACCCCAUUGCCUCACAGAGCAUGCGCAUCACUGCCAUGCCACACUGACCAGGUCACUGGACACUUCUUUGAUACUGCCUCCCUGGCAAAGAGGGUGGGAAAAGAGGGCUCCUUCAUCUUUUCAUCUUCAUGUGUGUGGAAGGGACCACAUGAGGGAAUAAGGAUAGCAGACUUAUGAGUACUGGGUAUGUUCUCCUAGAACAGGUGAGGGAAUGUUAGACUUUCCCCAGCCUCCUAAGAAACGAACCUUUCCAGCUUCCCUCAAACCCAACCGGAGGGGUCUGCAAGGGAACAAGGACUGCAGGCCACCAGGAGAGGCAGGGAUGACUGAAGGGUUUUUGCAUCCCCAGAAAGAUAUGACUGAUGGGAUAUUGAGCUCUCCCAAAUGCUGCCCUCCCCCAGCAUAGACUCUAGCACUGAUUUUUGAAAAUGACCCCAAGCCCUGUAAAGGGAAGGGGGGAUGGGGUCAAGGAGAGUCAGAAUACGGAGCUUUCAGACUCAGAGAUUGACCCGUUCUCAGUGUGAGAAUUCCUCUGGGCCCAGCAUUGGGGAGAGGAAUACCAGGAGGCCCUAAUGUUUUAGGGCAGUGAGCUAAGGAAUUGUUAACCCAGGUGGGGUUAGGAGUCCACAGAGCAGGGCCCUACCAUUUUCCAAAGAAAUAAAAUAAUUAUUUUUAACAAAAGGAGGCAAUGGAGACUUACUGGGAGGUUAUGUGUGUUGGGAGUCCUGUUUUAAAAUAUGAACAUAACCCACCCCAGGCAAUCUGGAAAUGGCUUUGUAGGGGACAAUGAGAAGAGCCAAGGAUCCCAGGACUCGGAAAAGCUCUGGGGAUCUGUAAAGAAUCAAGUUGGGGGUAAGGGGACUAGCAACACAUGGUAAGGUUUAAAAAUAACCUGUCUGUGUCUUGAAUGCAGUGUUAUUCCCAGGCAGCCUUGCUAACCAGGGCUCCUAGGGUCAUUGGUGGAGGAGGGGUAGUGAAAGGUAUUGCUGGGAAGCCAGGAUGGGGGUGUUCAUCUAGCUGACAGAUUCGGCUCUUUCCUCCCUGACUUUGAAAUAGCAGGUGCUAGAGAAGUUGGGGGGGGAGGGGAGAUAUCCAUGGCAAAUGGAUUGUAUGCCAAGCAAAGUUUCAUUCUCUGUCCAACUGCAUCUGUGAAGUUGUCUAGUGGCCACUGAUGCCUCUCCUGGCCCUCCUUACCUCAGAAAGCCAACAGACUGAGUCAUAUUGUGGUAAAAGGGUAAUUUCUUAUGAAUCUCCCUGUUUAGCUGAUCCCUUUCCUAACACCUAUAAGGAGGACAUAGAGAUUCUAUUCCAUCCCUUAAGGUUACCAGUGUGGGGCUUCAUCAGCUCCUCUUGUGAGUUGAAACUUCAGUAGUUGGUUGAGCUAAGGACAAAAUCAGAAGUGUCAUCUUAUUGGACAUCAUGUUUGUUAGCAGGGAAGGGUGAGGUUGGGUUGGACUUUCCUAUGCUAUCUUUCAGGACCUUUCAAAUAGACCAGAACCCCUGAUUCUUUCAUUCUCUGGUUGUGUCCCCCAUGUUCACACUCAGGGUCAGAAGCCAAAAAUAAAGACGUGCCAGAAGAUUGGAAACAGCCAGUUUUUUUUAAAUGAUAGAUUCUAGAAACUAGACCAGUAAGCUUGGCAUCAGUCCCUGGAAGAAUUCUAAAAAUGGAUUAUUAAACAAUUGCUCAUGAGCACUUGAAAAAGAAUGUGGUGUACACCAGAAGCCAGCAUGGGCUCAUUGACAGGGUGAUGUUCCUGUCCUGUUAAUCUCUAACCCUGUUACCCCCUCCCAUCUGCCUUCUCAGCCUCUUGCUCACAAGCAGUGGAGUUUCUGGAAGAAGUCACAAAACCAAGCUGGCUGUCUCCCCCACAAAUUUGUGCUCUUCGACUGCUCCUCACUGUUUCACACUCCUUUCACUUAUCUUUUUUGUCCCCUAUCAAGUUCCCCCAAACAGCUGUUCUAAAUCUCCUUUAUUCUCAAAUACUCAAAAAAGUGAACCUUGUUUACCACAUUCCUGAGAAGAUCGAAGCCAUUUAUCUUUACCUCUCCUUCAUCUCUACAACUUAAGAUCUUUUUCUCUAUCAUCCUUUGAUAGAGUUUAAGGGAUUGGGUUAGGGUUUUUUUUUGGGGGGGGGGAGUUGGUUUAAAAAAAAAUUUUUUUUGUAUUUGUAACCCAAGCACCUGGAUUAGAUCACUUAAUAAAUUUUGAGUGUUUGAUUUGUCCUAGAAAUAAGAUGCAUCUUCUGCCAAAGCCAGCCCCUCUACUCAUGCCCAUUUCCAUAUUCCCUCCACUCUCUUCCAGGACUUCUCCACUGACCCAUCUCUUUACUGUUUCAUCUUCAUUCUCAUUCCUCUAAACAUGCUCAGGUAUCCUAAUGAAAACCCUCCUUUGACCAUACACCAUCCUGUAAACUGCCUUUCUGUCUCCCGUUCAGUGCUAAUCCAGGAGUGGGGAAAAGUCUAUACUUGAUACUGACCCACCCCUUCUCAAUAUUCCCUCCCUCUUCAGUCUACUUUACAACUGCACCACAGUACCGAAACAUAGUGAACUAAUGGCAUAAUCUAGUGACUGCUUCUCAAGUGUUCAUCCUGAAGCAUUUGACAUUCCCUACUUCCUUCACUUCUGUGUCAUUAUUCUCUCCUUGUGACCCUUGUACCUUUCUGACUUAUCUAUGUACCUUCUUCACUGAUGCUUAUUAUUUCUUUGCCCUCUUAAGUGUGUCUCCCAAGACUGUUCUUAGCCUUUCUUUCUCUAUAUACAAUCU